CGAGUACGACAGCGGCGAACAGGCGACGCACUUUUUUCUUCCCUACGACAUGCGGAAGCACUCCUUGACGCUGCGCGAGAUAAAGGACUUUUGGCUGGAUUUUCGGCUUUGCGACUACAUGAACUGGUACAAGGCGACGCAAAUCUACCAAUGCGUGAACAAACGACCGGACGUCGACUCCCAAAAUCGCAUCGGGCUCAAUCUCGAGGAAUUCAUCAAAUUCAUCGUGCUCUGCGCGCAAGAGGUAGGGAGUAAUUACGUUGAUUUGUUUUUCUCAAGUUGUAGUACAAGUACUCGAUAAUGUCUUCUUAGAUUAUCAGAACAUCUAGUUCAGGUGGUAGUGGUUCCAUGUCUGAUAAAAGCAACUGAGGAUGAACCAUCAACCUCUGUUAUUACGUAAUAGUAUCAUCAACAGAUAUAUCGCUACAAGAUUCCAGUAGCGCACAAACGGGUGCAGACCUUGCUGUCAUUUAUGAAGCUCCAUUUGUGGGAUAGUGUGAAGAGCCACUUGCGAGACUGUUUUCGCGAUCACCACCUGCAGAAGUACGACGAACUUAGUGACUUCGCAGUUGUCGCGCGCCGAUUAUGGUUACUAACGAAGGCGCCGAAACGGCUUCCCAGGUAA